AUGUCGGUUCUUACAUUCCAAGUCUGGCUCGCGUUCUUUCUUUUAAGCACGCGGCAUGUUCAGGCGACACUGCGCACGUAUCAUUUUACACUACAUAGUGCCCAGCGCAGUCCAGAUGGCUUUCCCCGAGAGGUCUAUCUCAUCAACGGGCAACAGCCUGGGCCAAUGAUUGAUGUUGAAGAGGGGGAUGACUUAGAAGUUUUCGUUCAAAACGAGUUGCCGGUGGAAACCACCAUCCACUGGCAUGGCCUUUUACAGCGCGGAUCACCCGAAAUGGAUGGUGUCCCAGGUGUUACACAGUAUCCUAUACCACCAGGAGGUAAUUUUACGUACCAGUUCUCUGUGGGAAAUGAAUACGGCUUCUUCUGGUACCAUUCUCAUUUCCGCGCUUAUUAUAAUGAUGCCAUACGAGGGCCCUUGUUGAUCCGCCCGUCAUCUUCACGUCGCCGACCGUUUGAGGAUCUCGCCUCUAACGGAGACGAGCGGGACGCCAUGUUGGAAGCUGAGCGCAAUGCUACCUCAGUGCUUCUGAACGACUGGACACAUGAGCUCUCGGACACCAUAUACGCACGAUAUUUUGAAACUGGGGCCUUCCCGCAUUGCGUUGAUAGCAUACUUGCGAAUGGGCUUGGCAGGGUAGAAUGUCUGCCUGAAUAUAUCCUUGACGCUGGACCUGGUCUGGGCCUGGAAACAGCGGCUACCAGUGGGGUGGCUACUACUACACCCGCUUCCAUGUCGAGUUCAGUGGGUAUGGAUAUGUCUGGAAUGAUGAACAGGAUGAUGGAUAGUAUGCCUGAUACGAUGUCCAUGGAAGAUCAGUCGUCCAUGCCAAUCAUGAGUCUCACUGAGUCCUCUAACCCCACGAUGGCUACGACGGAUAUGGUAAGUAUGGCCGGUUCUACGGGCAUGGCUCAGCCCAUGAAGUCACUCGGCCCUCGUGGAUGCACUCCACCCAUGAUGUUCCGAAAUGGAUACAACAUGAGCUCUCUGCCAUCAGAAACUUGUGUGAACACGACGGCUCGCCAACUGAAAAUCCCUGCAAAGAGCUCGCAGGGAUGGCUUGCGCUCAACCUCGUCAAUUCUGGAGCGGUCAGCGCUAUCAGGGUAUCCCUCGACGCUCAUUCAAUGUUGGUGUAUGCUGCGGAUGGUCUUUAUGUAACCCCACAAGAAGUUAAAGUCCUACCAAUCGCCAUUGGUCAGCGAUAUUCCGUCAUGAUCAAGCUUGAUCAACCCGAAGCGAGCUACUACCUUCGGUUCGCUACUUACCCAAGUGGAGAUAUGCAGCAGGUUCUUGAAGGCCAAGCCAUAGUAUCCUACAUUUCAGAUGCGAAAUUCACAGCUACUGCAGACGUUUCCUUCGAUUCCACGUCCAGUUGGAUGUUCACGAAUGGCUCGGCCAAACAUAGGAACACUGAACUCGUUGAAAGCAAGCUGUCCCCUUUCGAAGGUAACAAACCACCACCUAAAGCCGCAGAUGUUACUCGCCUGUUCGAGAUUAAUCAAACGGAUAUUGUAACCUGGGUUGUGGACCGGUAUCCGUACUCCGAACCCAAAAUCCCAAUCAUAUAUGGCAAUGUAUCCGAUGCUUGGCAGGCAAACACGACGCUCCACAUGCCAUCGAACUCAACGGUUGAUAUCGUGAUGAGCGUUGCGAAUGGCUCGAUGGACGCUAUGGGUCACCCAAUGCAUCUCCACGGCCACAAGUUCUGGGUACUAGGCUCAGGGACUGGGACUUUCCCGUAUCGAUCCCUCACUGAUGCUCCAUCUUCUGUAAUCAACCUUGAAAACCCGCCCUAUCGGGACACUACAGAUCUGCCACCGUCAGGAUGGUUAGCAGUUCGUUACAUCACAGAUAACCCCGGAGCAUGGCUUCUUCAUUGCCAUUUUCAGUGGCACAUUGUGAGUGGAAUGGCGUUGGUGUUAGUUGAAGGGCAGGACCAGCUCCCAGGCUUGGUCGGAUCUGCACCUCCCAACACAUCCAAGACGAACCCAAGCCAGAAUUCUUCAAUUUCAUCGCCAAGCAGGACAGGCAGUGCUUGGGUCAACAACCUCAAUAUGCCAGGAAUCGUUACUGGUCUAAUCUUGGUUAUCAUGAGUGUGCUAAUGUAA